AGUCCCGGUACCACUUCUAACACCAAGAGUGAACACAAAUAAUAGCUCCUCCCUCUCAUUUAUGAUGGCCAGUGAUACUGUGGUGCCACUUCUAGCACCAAGAGUGAACAAUUACGAAGAUGAUGAUGAGUUGCAUAGACCAACAAAUUCUUCAUUCAAAGCAGAUACAGAUGAUAUCCAACAAAUCCAUGGAAUUAAUGAUUUAGUCCUACAGUUUUCAGCAGAGUCGACGAAACUAUGGUACCUGGCUGCUCCAGCCAUUUUCACUUCCAUUUGUCAAUACUCUAUUGGUGCUAUUACUCAAGUAUUUGCUGGUCAUGUUGGUACCAUUCAACUAGCUGCUGUCUCCAUUGAAAACUCCGUCAUUGCUGGUUUUGCUUUUGGUGUCAUGUUGGGCAUGGGAAGUGCACUGGAAACACUGUGUGGACAAGCAUUUGGAGCAAAACAGCUAGAAAUGUUAGGAACUUACAUGCAACGAUCUUGGAUAAUCCUCAUCACUACGGCUUUGGUUCUAAUGUUCCCUUACAUUUUUGCUACACCACUUCUCAGACUUAUCGGUCAGACGGCAGAUAUAUCAAAAUGGGCAGGCACAUUUGCGGUGUGGAUGAUUCCACAGUUGUUCGCGUAUGCACUGAACUUUCCAAUACAAAAAUUUUUGCAAGCUCAGAGCAAGAUUAUAGUGAUGGCUACCAUAGCGGCGGUUGGUCUUAUAGGACACACUUUUUUCAGUUGGCUGUUGAUGCUCAAGUUAGGGUGGGGAUUGGUGGGUGCUGCAGUGGUGCUGAACGGUUCAUGGUGGUUCUUAGUGGUGGCUCAGCUGGUGUAUAUUUUCAGUGGGACUUGUGGACAAGCUUGGUCUGGAUUUUCUUUAAGGGCUUUUCAAAAUCUUUGGGAUUUCGUUAAACUAUCUUUUGCAUCUGCUGUCAUGCUCUGCUUAGAGAUGUGGUACUUCAUGGCAUUAAUUCUCGUUGCUGGAUACCUCAAGAAUGCUGAAGUGGCUGUGGAUGCAAUUUCAAUUUGCAUGAAUAUCCAAGGCUGGACAUUCAUGGUGGCAAUUGGAUUCAACGCUGCAAUAAGCGUGAGGGUGUCAAAUGAACUAGGAGCAGGACAUCCAAGAACUGCAAAAUUCUCAGUAAUGGUAGCGUCCAUCACUUCUCUUUUAGCCGGCAUUUUCCUCUCAGUGGUUCUCCUUAUUUGUCGGAGUUGGUAUCCUCCAUUGUUUUCAAACAAUGAACAAGUACAGCAGAUUGUAUAUGACCUCACUCCAUUGUUAGCAGCCACCAUUGUUGUUGGCUGUCUGCAACCUACUCUUUCUGGGGUGGCCAUUGGAGCAGGGUGGCAAGCUUAUGUUGCAUAUGUGAACAUAACUUGUUACUAUUUGUUUGGUAUUCCUGUUGGUCUCAUACUUGGCUUCCUCCUAGACAUUGGCGUUAAGGGAAUUUGGUAUGGGAUGCUUGCAGGUACGACUGUUCAAACUGGUGUCUUAAUCAUGGUGGUCCUUCGAACUAAUUGGAACAAAGAGGCUUCCCUAGCCGGAGACAGGAUAAAACAAUGGGGAGGAGACUCAAAGGCCAAAGAAAUUGGUGAAAACAUUGUUAGCUGAGUCUUUGGCCAAAUUGAAAUUAUACUGCCUGUUUAGAGCCCAUGCCACAAAAGAUUAUACAGACAAAGUAUAAUAGCUUGCAUGUAAUGUAUGUCAAUUCUUUCAAUGAGAAAAUUAUCCAGGGCAUGUGUUGGUUGAGGCAUGAAUAAGAUGAGUAAAUUCCUCUUUUCUUUUG